AUGCCGGCUGCUGCGGCUGCAACUCCCCCGAUUUGGCUGUCGCUGCUGUGCUCAUGCAGUGUUCCCACAUGCGUGAGCAAGGGGCGACUGCAUGAGGAUCGUUGGAGGAUGAUGAUGGGUGGUGCACACAUGAUGGAUCGGGAGGAGCAGCUGUGGACACACACGUCCAUGGUCAUGGCGGGCACAUCCAACCACAGCGACGCAGUCGUGCGCAGCUCCUCUGUCAUCACCGCCAUCGACCGCACAGCCGCCAUCACACUCCGGCCGACACCAGCUCCAAUCUGGCGUGAGGCAGACAUUGCACAUGUCAGUCGCUCUGAUGAAGAGAGCUGGUUGCUUGGCGACGCAUGGACUUUGUAUGCGUACACCGUCGAUGCCCUAGUGCCAACGUGCGGCGGGUGGAGCACGACGUUCAAGGAGUCGAUUGCCAACAUUGGCCAUGUGCUGCUGGUGCUCAUGCCGUGGCGAGACCCUGUUCCCUUGACACGCGCGUGGUGUUUGUGGGAGAUCUUCUGUGGCAUUAGCAACGAAGGCACAGAGGUCACCAUCCAACUACCCAACAGCGAAGAACAGGCGCUCGAAAACGCCAUUCGCGAUGACUAUAAAGCAGUGACCGACACGCUGGUGCGCGUGCAGGCAGAGCGAGCCGACGCCUUCAACCCGCACGACAAACACAUGAUCUUCACAGCGAUCGAGUCGUGGGCGGGCGGCUUCGGCGCAGUCAACCAAGCCGUGAAGGACCAGCUGCGCGCGUGGUGCCUGCAAAAGGCGGUGGGUGCCGUCGAAGCCAUGCGAGCACGAGGCGAGGACAGCACUGACGCCUUCGCGGGGUUGUGCGGCCAGGUUGGGCUGGUGCUGUACCAGUUUGGCGAGCACAAUCGCGCCGUUGCCUACUACGAGACAGCGCUGGCAGUUUACCUCCGCACCGAAGGGGAGAAGGGGAGGAACGUGGCGGCGCUGUACAACAACCUCGGCAUCGCGUACAAGAACAAGGGCGAGUACGACAAGGCCAUAUACUUUUACGAGAAGGACCUCGCCAUCACGGUGGAGACAGUGGGGGAGAAGCACCCGAGCACAGCGAACACGUACGGCAACCUCGGCCUCGCCUACUACAGCAAGGGCGAGUACGACAAGGCGAUUGCGUACCACGAGAAGGCCCUCGCCGUCUUCGUGGAGACGCUGGGCGAGAAGCACCCAAGCACAGCGAGCACCUUCAACAACCUCGGCCUUGCAUACGGUAGCAAGGGCGACUACGACAGAGCGAUUGCGUUUUACGAGAAGGACCUCGCCAUCACGGUGGAGACGCUGGGUGAGAAGCACCCGAGCACAGCACGGACGUACAACAACCUCGGCGAAGCAUACCGCCACAAGGGCGAGUACGACAGAGCGAUUGCGUUUUAUGAGAAGGACCUCGCCGUCACGGUGGAGACGCUGGGUGAGAAGCACCCGAGCACAGCGAACACGUACAACAACCUCGGCAACGCAUACGACAACAAGGGCGAGUACGACAGAGCGAUCGCGUUUUAUGAGAAGGCCCUCGCCAUCAGGGUGGAGGCGUUGGGUGAGAAGCACCCGAGCACAGCGAGCACGUACGGCAACCUCGGCAUCGCCUACAAGAACAAGGGCGAGUUUGACAAGGCGAUUGAGCUGUACCAGAAGGACCUCGCCAUCAAGGCGGAGACGCUGGGUGAGAAGCACCCCAGCACAGCACAGACGUACUUCAACAUUGGCCUGCUGCACGACAAGCGCGGGGACAAGGAGCAGGCCUGCGCCUACAUGCAGCAGGCGCUCAACGUGUUUACAGCCACGCUCGGGCCAGACCACCCAAACACCCGCAAGGCAGAGCGCAAUCUGCGGCGCAUUCGUGGUGGUGCUGUGACCAGGCAGCACACAUCCACGCAACACGUGUCAGAGUCUCAACUUCAGCAGCAACACGUGCUUGCUCAUCGCAACCUUCUUCUUCGGUUCAUCUCUUCUGCUGUCGUGUACCAGUCGUCUGCUCCACAACGCAACCUGCUCAUGCGGUUUCUCGGUGCAGUUGCACAGGUUCACGCUGAGGCAAGACGCCCAGCAAACACGGGCAGCGACGGUGAAGACAAGAAGACAGGGACUGGGCACGAUUGUCCUCGUGGCUGCUCUGCACCAGCAAGAGCGUUGUACAAGGACGCUUGCAAGUGCCCAAAUGAGCCACUGGCCGGCUGGCUGCGGAAGCGUGGGCGACGGAGGGCCGUCUUUCGCCCGUGCUGGUGCAAGCUUGACGACGACGACCACCUCGCGUACGGCAAGUCCGCUUCAGGCACGGCCAAGCGGCGCAUCCCCCUUUCCAGCGUGCAGUCAGCUGAGCUCGCCCAUGGUGGCGAGGAGCUGCACGUUGCUGUUCCUGGCCGCACCUUCGUCUUCCGCCUGCACGCGCGCUCUGACACCUCGCUCGCUGACUGGUGCACUGCCAUCAACAGCCGGAUCAACGCCACCACUUGA